AUGUUCUACAAGCCAGGCGAGACACACCAUGGGUUGCCCCACGACCCGUUCAAAGCUUGUGUCAUACCGCGGCCUAUCGGAUGGAUAUCCACUGUGUCUACCAGCGGAGAGCACAACCUAGCGCCCUUCAGCCAGUUCAAUAACCUGACUUUCGACCCGCCGCUAGUAAUGUUCAGCUCCAACCAGACCAUUGACAACACCAGGAAAGACACUGUCAACAAUGUCGAGUCAACCGGCGUCUUCUGCUGGCAGCUGGCUACCUACUCUCUGCGGGAGGCCGUGAACAUCACCUCAGAGGCUCUGGAGCCAUCCAUCGACGAGUUCGAGAAGGCUGGCCUGAAGAAGACCUGGUCGCAGACGCUCAAAACGCCGGUGCCCAUGGUCGAGGCGAGCCCGGUACGCUUUGAGUGUGAAUACGUCCAGACGAUUCGUCUUCCGGGUAACCCGCCCGCCGGGACCGUGGACCUGGUGAUUGGGCGAGUUGUUGGCGUUCACAUCGACGAAGCUGUUCUCACAGACGGCAAAAUUGACGUUAGGAAGACAAAGCCCAUUGCGAGACUUGGCUACUAUGAUUAUGGGGUGAUCGAGGAUUCGUUCGAAAUGAUUAUUCCCGGUGAUAAGAGGAUACUUUACGGCUUGGAAGGUAAUGCUCAAAUGAAUCGCGAGGAACACGAGAGACAAAAGAAGAGCCAGGAGAAGGGACAAGAGACUUAG